AUGGCUGCACCAGCGUUACCACAGCCCAGCUUCUUACUGGCCAAUCUAAAGACAGACUCUACCACUAAACCUCUUCUGCAUCGCUGCCAAGAUUUGGUGAAAAUCAUUGAUGAUUAUCCUGCAAAGGAGUUGCAUUCCAUUUUCCCAUGGCUGGUAGAGACCGUGUUCGGCAGCCUGGACGGCAUCAUCGCAGGCUGGAACCUGCGACUUCUUCACUCCCGCAGCCCUGAAUACAACAUUGUGUUGGAGUUUUUAAACCCCAGUGGGCCAAUGAUGAAGCUGGUAUAUAAACUUCAAGCAGAGGAGUACAAAUAUGAAAUACCAGUCAACUAUCUCCCGGGUCCUGUAAAAACAUCCAUUCAACAAGGAGUGCUCCCUGACUGCCCGCUCUUUCACAACAAGCUCCAGUUUCCUCUCUCCGGCUUGCUCACACUCAACUUCAAUCCUUUUGAAUACUUCAUGUUUAAUUUUGCGUACUGUCUCCUCAAGCCAAAGAUGUUUCCUCCAGGCCACCACUGGACCACGGCAGACACAGCCUACUUUGUGUUGGUCGACUCUUAUCUCAAGUAUUUUCUGCCCAGUGAAGGAAACGUCCCUCCUUCUCCCUUUUCAGACUCCAGGGGUUCAGUCACUGCUCCGUCCCCAAGCCGCUCUUCUGCUGUGUCUCUGUCGGGUUAUGGAGUCCACAGUCCGAGUCUCCUCAAACACCACAUUUUCCACCAACCCACAGUCAACGCAGAUCCAGCCGCUCAGGAAAUCUGGAGGACCGAGGCGCUGCUGCAGAUGUUUGUGGAGGUUUGGCUGCAUCACUACUCUUUGGAAAUGUACCAGAAGCUUCAGUCACCACAGGUUAAGCUGGCCCUGCUGCAGUACCGCCUCAGUAUGUCCAGCAUGCCGUGCCAACCCCACGCGCCACCAGGCUCUGGGACCCUCCACACCUACCAAGUACUAUUACCUUUUCAUUCACCCCCGCCCCUCUGGGGCCUCCUGGAGGAGCCCUUCAGUCCCUCAGAGGAGCACGUGUUGGUGGUGAGGCUCCUGGUCAAACAUCUCCACGCCUUCUCAAACAGCCUGAAGCCUGAGCAGCUGACGUCCUCCCCUCCUGCCCACUCCCACACUCACCCCAGCCCUCUGGAGGAAUUCAAAAGGGUGGUAGUGCAGCGUUUUGUGCAGCAGAAGCUCUACUUGUUUCUUCAGCAUUGUUUCGGGCACUGGCCUCUAGAUGCAUCCUUCAGAGCAAUUUUGGAGACUUGGCUGAGUUAUGUACAGCCUUGGAGAUACACGGGGGAGAAGAUUCCCACUCCAACAGACCAAACUAGGACUGUGCCUGAGAAAUGGGAGUCUUUUGUCCAGGAGAACCUUCUGGUGUACACUAAGCUCUUCCAGGUGUUUCUAAACCGGGCCUUAAGAACUGAUCUAGUCAAUGCCCAAAAUGCCCUGAUGGUGUUUCGAGUGGCCAAAGUCUUCUCCCAACCCGGUCUCCCUGACAUGAUCCAGAAAGGAGAGCAGUUUUUUCUGGAGCCGGAGCACGUCCUUCACCAUCGGCAGCCCCGUGGAUACCUCACACCAAGUCAAGGAGGCAGUUUCUUGUCCUCUCGCCAAAGAGUGGUAACUGACACUGUGUUCAAGGUGAAGAGCCACGUCUACUCCUUAGAGGGCCAGGACUGCCAGUACAAGCAGAUGUUUGGGACUGAACUCAGAGGAGCCGUAAUGAAGCUCAUCCAGCUGAUCGCGCAGGCCCGGCAGACGGCCAAAAGGAUAUCUGACCACUCCAGCGAGAUGGCUGCUAACAACUCGUUCCUGUCCUGGUUUGGUCUGGGCGCUCCUGAACAGAACAAUAUGUUUAACGGAGCAGAACCAGAGGUUAGCGAAGAAUGCCUAAAGAAGACUCACGACCUCCUGGAUAAGGCUUUGGAGUACCUUUCUUUGAUAUUUAAGUUGAGCCAAGGGCAGUUGACCCAGUUGUUCUCAAACCUGGGUUCAUCUGAGGAGGAGGCCAACCUCAACCAGCUGCCGGACUGUAUUCAAGGAGAGAAUGGUCUCAUCCUGACUGAUGUGGGACGGAUGCAGAUUAUAAAUGGCCUGCGAAGAUUCGACAUUCAGUAUCAAGGAGAUCCGGAGCUGCAACCCAUCAGGAGUUAUGAAAAUGCAGCUUUGGUCCGCCUCUUCUACAAGCUCUCCACAGCCAUCAAUAACAGGUUUGGAGCCCACAUGAAUGCCCUCUGCUCGCGACCAGACUUUCUCGGUCGCUUGGGUCGCCACUAUUUUACUGAAACUCAAACCUUUACCAGAUUAAGGCACAGUCCUCUCACCCAGCGGACUCUGAACAGACCACGCUAUCCCAGACUGAGCCUUCGCCCACUCGCAAGCUACAGGACACUGCUCAUGCUCAUGCUGCUCUACGUGUUCGGGGCCCUGCUCUCAUUCGGACCAGGGAAGGCUUUGGGGAGGACGGAAAGUCAUUCAGAGGCAGCCAUGGCGGUCUCAGACAGGGAGGUUGCAGAGGCCGUUGAUGCCGUACUGUCUUCAGAUUCAACCAGACCCGUGUCUUCAUCCAGGGCUGAGCUCGAUAGGUUAAUCGACCACUGGGAGGACAACCAGAACGGCUCUACUGAGGACCUGGUCUCCACACUCGACCAAAUGUCGGAAAUUAUUGAACAAGAGACAAGAGAGUAUUGCAAAGGAGACCCUGACCCAUUUGAUGACCGACAUCCAGGGCGAGCAUAUCCAAACUGCAUGUUGGGGCGACUGCUGAAGGCUGUCCUCAUGAUUGGGGAUUUGACUAAUGCUGUAUUGGACACAUACAUUUUGACCAGUACAGAGCUCAGCCUCAACACAGCAGCGUGUCGCUUUCUUCAUAACAUUCUUCCUGGUUUAGAGACCAGUGGUGUGUUUCAAGAGAAGGAGGGACUGAUCGCUAAAUUCUUCACAUGGGCCCGUGAAGCUGAGAGGCCCCUGUGCGUCUAUGCCGUUGGACUUCUGGGCCGAGCCAUGCUGAGCAACCAAGAUGUGACGGCCACUUUUAAAGAGGAGAACGCUCAGCUGGUACCGCUCAUGAUCAGCAGACUCUGUAAACUACAGAAAGAAGCCGCCGACAGUCAAAUACCAUCUAGUGAUCUACUUCAAGACUCUCAGAGCUCCUCACACCAGACUCCAGCUGUGAAAGAGGAAAACAGCAAAAAUGUUAAUACCAUCAACAGUUCACCUCAGAAAAAUGGCACAAAUUCAGGCCAAUCAGCUCCAGACUGCAGUCAGCUGGCGAGUCCAGACCGCGUGGACCAGCCUGCAACGGAGAAGGAAGAGGUCAAAGAAAACGGGAGGAAGGCCAAGCAGAAGCUGAACUACACCUCAACCGUGCAAAAUGAGGAGACGUGGGGACGGCAUGUGACAGAGCAGCCCAACAAUGGGGCUUCCUGGUCCGAAAUGAGCUCCGUGGUCAUCGGCUCAGAGUACAGCCUGUCUCCUUUGACCCCCGCAAUGGAGCAGAGACUGAUCCUGCAGUAUCUGACCCCGAUCGGUGACUAUCAAGAGUUGAUGGCCGUCUUCAUGCAGAUGGAAAUACGGACGUUACUCAUGAACUACAUCGACCUCAGACAGACUAAGAAUGUGCAGCUCACCUUUGACGCUCUGCUGUUCCUUUCCUCUCUUUUGCAAUAUAAGAAGUUUGCAGGCGAGUUUAUCCUUCAUGGAGGCAUCCAGAAACUGCUGGACAUCCCACGGCCCUCAAUGGCAGCGACCGGAGUCUCCCUAUGUCUCUACUAUCUGGCAUACAACCAGGACGCUAUGGAGAGGGUGUGCAUGCUUCACGGCGGGGUGCUCUCGGAGGUGGUGUCCUACGCGCUCUGGUUGCUGGAGUCGUCCCAUGCGUCCGGAGUGUGCAACGCCACCAUGUUCUUCUCCAUCACCUUCUGCUUCCGCGCCGUUCUGCAGCUUUUCGACCAGAAAGACGGUCUGCGGCGUCUCGUGAACCUGAUCAGUACGCUGGAGAUCCUAAACUCCAGCAAUGCAACGACUUUGACGGACGACCAAGUGUUUGCAAGUCGGCAAACGGCCAAACAGGCUUCUAUGGCUCUGCGCAAGUACUUUGAAACUCAGCUUGCAAUAAAGGUUGAACAAGUGAAGCAGCACACUUCAGACGCUGUUCCUCAGCAGCCCUUUUACAAAGCCUUCACCUACAGCAGAGAGCAGGUGGUGGAGUGGAUGGAGUUCCUCAUAGAAAGCGGACGUCAGCUUCCCUGGGAGCCCGUGGAGGUCUUCUGCAAACUGUCAUGUGUGCCUCUGAUGCUGCAGCUCAUCUCUGAAGCCUGUGAUUGGAGGAACUACAACGGCCGGAGUGAUGUGGUCCGCUGGGCACUAGACCUUCUGGGCAUCCUGACGGUAGUUCCCAAAGUGCAGCUGCUGCUCACUGACACUGUUGAUGUCCAAGAUGAGGGCGGUUCCACUGUGGCCACUGUGGGCAUGAGUAUUAUUUUGGGAGUUGCAGAAGGGGAAGUGUUUGUAAAUGAUGCAGAGAUUCAGAAGUCUGCCUUGCAGGUGAUUAUAAACUGUGUGUGUGCGCCGGAACAAACCCAUGCUCUUGCAGCAUUUCCCAUCAGCCCCCUCAGGCCUUCGGUUCCUCAGCUCCCUGCCUCCCCUCAUAACAAGAUCUUGGUUCAUAUGUGGCAAGUGGUGCAGAACAACAAUGGAAUAAAGGUGCUGCUCUCUCUGCUGUCUGUAAAAACCCCCAUAACAGACGCUGAUUUGAUUCGAGCACUCGCCUGCAAAGCUUUGGUCGGACUCUCUCGCAGCUCUGCGGUCCGGCAAAUUAUCAGCAAACUGCCCCUGUUUUCCAGUGGGCAAAUCCAGCAGCUGAUGAAGGAACCAGUGCUGCAGGACAAGCACAGUGAGCAUGUCCGUUUCUGCAGGAAUGCAGCCGAGCUGACAGAGAGAAUAUCAGGGAAGCCCCUCCUGAUGGGCUCAGACGUGUCGCUGUCCCGCCUGCAGAGGGCCAAUGUGGUGGCACAGUCCCGCAUCACCUUCUCAGAGAAAGAACUGCUCAUACUUAUUCGGAACCACCUGAUGAGCAAUGGCCUGCUGGACACGGCCAACCUGCUGGUGAAGGAGGCCAAUCUCAACCCAGGACUUCUCUGCCCGACCUCCACCAUCACACCCUCUGUGUGCCCCGGGACGCGCACCCCCAAGUUCUCCGAUGGCCAGCUUGGCUCGCCGUCAGUGAACCCUGCUCUCCAAUGCUCCCUCACCCCCUGUUCUUCACGCUCCACAUCAUCAUCAGCGCACCAGCACCUUACAAACAGUGCACCUCAUGCUCCAGGGUCAUCCAGGGUUGGCCGCAUUUUGUUUACCCGAGAGCGGCCCACCCCUCAGUGCACCUCUGCCAAGAAGCUGAAACCACUGAAGCAAAAAUCAGAUCAUGGAGCUUUCAUACAGACUCCUGCCAUGAAGAAGCAGUUCGAGCGACACCAGCCCUCCCCUCCCACACUGGACAGUAUCAUCACAGAGUAUCUGAGAGAACAACAUGCACGUUGCCCCAACCCGGUCACCACCUGCCCCCCGUUCUCCCUCUUCACCCCUCACCGCUGCCCUGAGCCCAAGCAGCGCCGACAAGCAUCGCCCAACUUCACGGCCCGCCUGGGGAGCAGAGUGCUCUAUCCUAAAUAUGGAGGCGUGGACAGAGGCUCUCUCGAUAGACACCUCAUAUUUAGCAGAUUUCGUCCCCUUUCUGUUUUUCACGAAGGUCCUGGAGAUGAAAGUGACUUUACUUGUUGUGCCUUUUCGGCCCGUGAGCGCUUCCUGAUGUUGGGGACGUGCUCUGGACACCUCAAAUUCUUCAACGUGUUUACAGGAGAGGAGGCUUCCAACUACACCUGCCACACCUCCGCCAUCACCCACCUCGAACCCUCCAGAGAUGGGAAGUUGCUGCUCACCUCAGCGUCCUGGAGUGUUCCUUUGUCUGCUCUUUGGAGUCUGGAUGGAGUCUUUACUCUCAAGAGUUCAUUUGUGGAUGACCACUAUGUGGAGUUCAGCAAACUCUCUCAGGACCGGGUCAUCGGCACUCACGAUCAUGUUGCCAAUAUCUAUGAUGUCCAGACCGGGCAGAAGAGCACAACCCUGUACGAUCCGGCGCUCUCCAAUAACUACAAGAGAAACUGCGCCACGUUCAACCCGUCCGACGACCUGGUGCUGAACGAUGGCGUGCUGUGGGACGUCCGCGCCUCAAGAGCCAUUCAUAAGUUUGACAAGUUCAACACAAACAUCAGCGGCGUGUUCCAUCCCAACGCCCUCGAAGUGAUCAUCAACACGGAGAUCUGGGACCUCCGGACUUUCCACCUGCUGCACACCGUCCCAGCUUUAGACCAGUGCCGUCUCGUCUUCAACAGCAACGCCACCAUAAUAUACGGAGCGAUGCUCCAGGCCGACGAUGACGACGACUCUGUGGACCAGCAGGUGAAAAGUCCCUUUGGAUCCUCGUUCCGGACUUUUGAUGCGACAGACUACAAGCCCAUAGCCACUGUGGAUGUGAAGAGGAACAUUUUUGACAUGUGUACGGAUAGUAAAGACUGCUAUUUAGCCGUUAUUGAGAAUCAGGACGGUGUGAGUCUGGACACGGUUUGUCGAUUGUAUGAAGUCGGGCGACAUAAACUGGCCGAAGAGGGAGACGAUGAGGAGGAUGAUGAGGACGAUGCAGACGACUCCUCAGACUCUGACGAUGACGACGACGACGACGACAUGGACACUGACCCUUUGAUCGAAGAACUGGUCAGAGACGAAAACGCGGAAAACGACGAGGCGGGAGCCCCCAUGGCACACGAGUUGGCACGCCUCCUGGAUUAUGUUUAUGACGAGCAAGAAGGUGAAGAAGGCAACGAGGACAACGAGGAAAACGAAGAAGGAAACAGUGACUUGAACGAGGGCUCUGAGUACAACGCCGACCACAGCACGUCGGAGGAAGACGACCCUUACAACUGGCUAUUGGAUUGA